AUCAACGUCAAAAAGUCGCUACUUGAUUGUUUUUUGUACCAAGAGUUAUAAUAAAUAUGUGGAUAUAAAUAAUAUAACUAUUACCCCAGCACUGUCCUUAUUAUUUUAAGGAUAGCAACUAAUUCCUAACAACAACAAUAUAAUAUAUAAGCUCUUGUCCCUAAUAAAUUGUGCUUGUCUGUGAUGUGUCUGCUAUAUAAAAAUUCCCAAGGCAAAAGAUAAUUAUUACUACAGCCCAUUAAGUGCUUUACACAUUUAUAUAUUUCUAUUACCCUGUUAUGGCUCAAACAAUGACGACAUCAAGAAGUGCAGAACGUAGCAUUCACGAAAUGUUAAAAGACAGUCCGUCCAUGAACGAGACUUCAGGGGCUGUACAAUCUGGUACGGCGGUGCCCCCGAGUUCAUUAAAUUUAUCCUCGGGCUCUAGGGGUUCUGGAGGUCCUUUCAGUGCACCUGCCACUCCCUUACAGAACGGAGACGCUUUACUGAAAGCUGGUGCUUCAAAAAUAGAUUCUUUGAAAACUUGGAGUAUAUCAACAUACAAAUGUACAAAACAACUUAUGUUUGAAAAGCUCGGAAAAAGCACCAGGACUGUGGACACAGAAUUGGAGGCACAAAUAGAACAAUUAAGAGACACCCAACGCAAGUAUUCAAAUGUUUUGCGUCUUACAAGAGCGAUGUCUGCUCAUUUUCACAACGUAGUGCAAACUCAACAUGCUUUAGGUGAAGCAUUUUCAGAGUUAGCACAGAAAAGUCCUGAACUUCAACAAGAAUUUUUAUACAAUUCGGAAACACAAAGAAGUCUGACUAGGAAUGGAGAGAUUUUGUUAGGGGCUCUUAAUUUUUUCACAUCAUCUGUAAAUACUUUAUGUAAUAAAACUAUUGAAGACACUUUGUUGACUAUAAGGCAAUAUGAAAUUGCAAGAGUGGAGUAUGAUGCCUAUCGAAGUGAUCUUGAAGUCUUAGUACAGAGCCCGACAACUAAUUCAAAUACUGCACAGAACCAAGACGAAGUGCAAAAGAAUUACCAAAAACAUAAAGAGAAUUUUGAGAAGUUACGUGAUGAUGUUUCUGUUAAAUUAAAAUUCUUAGAUGAAAAUAGGAUAAAAGUGAUGCAUAAACAAUUGUUAUUAUUUCACAAUGCAAUAUCUGCAUACUUUUCGGGUAAUGGUGCUGCUCUUGAAGCCACUUUAAAACAAUUCAACAUAAAGAUGAAGACACCAAAUUCGACAGUACCAUCUUGGCUUGAACACCAGUAGUAGGACAUCACGAAUUUUAUAUAUAAAUGUAUAGUGCAAUCUGUCCA